GGCUACGCAUUUUUAUCAACUACCGAUUGAUUGACAAGCACGCAACUAGAUAUAUAGAGGUGACGAAUCAGCAAGUUGACACCAGUGUGACGGUUUCGGUCAGAGAUUCGUUAUGGCAAGUUCUGGGAAAGCAAGCUUUAUAAUCUUGUUUCUAAGCAUAGUUUUAAAAGGAAAUGAUGUGGUGUUACCAGGAAUAGCAGGUAAGAAUAUACUGUUUACGAGGUCGACUUAAGUAAUCGCAAUGCAUGGCUCAGUCGCUCGAUCACCGCAGUUCUAAUCUGUAAGGCCAGUUUUAAGGGACUUAAAAUACGAACGUAUUUACAUCAAAAGUUAAAGUAAAAGACUUUCAUAGCUAGUAUUUAAUGUAUGGUCAGGAAGUCUUAUUUUAUUUAAAGUAAAACCACAACCCCUAAGAAGCGAGAUGUUUGGUUAGGCCCAACCGUAGUUUUUACAAACGUAUCUUAUUCCAUGAAAUAAUAACAUGCAAUGAACAAGGAGCUUCUUCUUUGAGGGAUUCAUUUAGUUUCCUUUAAUUAUUACUCCAGUUGUUUCAAAAACGACGGAGGCCAAGGGAUUGGACAAGGUUCUUGCUACUUCUUGAAAAGAGCUCACGAGUUGCGAAAACUGAUAGGAAAGAACGCGCUCUCACUGUCUAAUACAGGGCUGAUAAAGGUUGGGAGAUGAAACAAGCGCCCCGCUCUUCAUUCCCGGUAAUGUGUGAUACGGAGUAGGACUGGCACGAGCGCUCUUUCCGCGCCUCCAGGCCGUGCGCUUGAGGGCCGACGAAAUUUUCCUUUUUGCCAACAGGAAAUUCUAUUUCUUUUUGUAAUUUCAGGCUACAGUGUUAAAUAGAUAAAUCGUUUCGUAACAAUUAAUUAAUAAACAGUUUCAUAUGUUUAUAUCUGUAUCCCUAUAAGUCAAACUUGUUGGUCGUUUAAUGCCAAAAUUUGAGUUUAAUUUGAAAGUGUUGAAUUUUCGCAACUUUGCGAAGCUUUAUCUUCGAUCGCUUGAGACGUAUCACUUUCAAAUUUGGCAUUGUUACUAAUAUUAAGGCGCUCUUUCCAGCGGUGUCGACGGAGUUUCCCUAACUGGUCCAUGUCAAAAGUUGAAAAAACUCGCGAAAAGGGUCUAUUUAUAUUCGUUGACAAUCAAUGGGGACAUUAAGACCAAAGAGUUUUCAGGCCUACAUAAUGGGUUAACUUACAAAAAUGUUCGUAAGAAGUCCAGGAGGAUGAUUUGGAUUUUAGUUACAGUUCACAUUUUGCUGGCGAAAUCCGAGAAACUUGUUGGUAGGAGAAGAUGGCUGUCAUCUUAUGAUAAAAAUAUUUUGCGAACUUUGGAAGACUUAAUGUAUUUUUUACAAGGAAGCUUAUGUCACGCUUUUGCUCAUGUGUAAUUUGUUUAUUACUCAGUAAAUUAAUGUGCAGAAUUUUUUUCCCCUUUUCUGUAAAUUGUUUUCAGAGGGAUAAACAAAAUUCAAUAUCCGGUCUUCAGCCACAAUUUUAAACAACUCCGACUCUGCUAUUAAUAAAAUUGGGAUAAAUUUUUACCGUUUUUGCUGUUAGUUUGAGUCGCCAGAAGAUCAAGUUCCUAAUAAUUAUUAUUCCGAUUUUUUUUUUCACGAGAGCGUUUUAACGAGUAGCGACUCCUGUGCUCCUCGCAGUAAAAUUAACUAAGAUAAUGGGCAUGAGGAGCCGCAUAAAGUCCCUUUACUAACUAUCUUGAGUGACGGUUGUUAUGCUCAAUUUCCUGUUAUAAUUUUACCUCCGAUGUCGUGCAUGUUAGCAGGGGCCAGACUAGCUGUCAUCGAUAGUGAUCUUCACAGAGGUGAUGAAACAAUUCUAAAUUUCGCAACUGUCUGUUAAUAUGGUUAAAACAAUACUAGGUGGGGUAAAUACAUGUAAAUAAACUCGAGCGCGGUCUUUUCAACUAUUCUCCGGAUCGGAUCAGCCCGAUCAAGCCAUCAUUGCAUGGAGGAUAUGUGAGUUAUUUUGUGCCGUAUCCUGGUCGAGAAUUUCUGUGUUGAUUCGCGAUCAAAAUCAUUUCCCUUACAAGCGAUUGGUAUUUGGAAGAACAUUUAAACAGAUCGGACAGGUUUGAAGAAUUCAAGCUUCUCUUCUGAAAACCGGAGACGGCCAGCCUUCCUUCUUCGCAUUGGUUCAAAUGCGAGGCCAAUUCAGCCUUAGAUCAGCAGGUUUACGUUACGACACAUUAAUUCCGGUUUGUAUAAUGACUUGAUUAAUCGUAAGACUCCUUGAAGGUAAGCACAGUGUUCGAUUCUUUUCCUUUAAUUUAUUUAUUUCUGCUUCGAACAUAUGCGCGCCAAAACCUCCUAAAUUCCCGCCAAAUUGGCGGGCAUUUAGCGCUCCCGGGAGUGAUCGUACAGCUCGUGUUUAGGACGAACAGGCCCAGCACAACUUCCACUGGAGGCAUCUUUGUGUUACAAAAAGUCCCUAAUAAAGAAGUCCAAAAGCUCUAUUAAUUUCGUGCGACAUUUCUUGAUAAACAAAGGAAUGUGUUGAAAAUUAUAAACGUCCGUGUUUUAUAAUACACAUACACACGUAGCGGCCAAAUUGCUAUAUCUUUGAUCUUUUUUCAACUGUUUUGCUUGUUGUCGAUGUUUAAAUGCUACAUCAUGAUCCAGUGCGAUUUAUAUUUGUCACUUCACGCUCAGAUCUUUGUUUCAAUUAAUGAGAAAAUUAUCUUACAGUUAAAACACUCUUUGCACAACAGUAAAGCCAGUAUUAUCGCGUAAUAUUGCGUUCCUGCAUGCGUUCUCAACACAGCCGGACAGAGCUCUACCUAUGAAAAUAAUCGCUUUCCUAGUAUCGAAUAGGCGAAAAUGACUCCCACUGGUAGCAAAUUGUGCUACAAAGCCAUAAAUAAGGGCUAUUCCAAGUAUAAACCUCAUAAAAGCUUUUGAUUUUGAUCAAAAAUGAAAUAAAACGCGUUAAAAAUAUCAGACGCUAGUGUCACCCAUACCCCUACCAACCUACCUAAGGUACUUCACAGAGACGGGGUUGAGUGUUAAGUUUGCUCGUUAUUUGUAAGUCCCUAAAUCUAAGUAGCUUUCUUUUUCUUUUAAAAAUGUUUACGGAGGAAUCGAAAUGAGUUUUGGUUGAUUGGUUGUGUCCAUCGCGGCUCACCCCUAUUUGUUUUUUUAAUAAAAUACGACCGCGCGAACGGUCUCUAUUAUUUUUCACGAGCAGAGAGCUUUAAUAUAAUUCACCGAAAACAAAUUCAUGAAUAUGGUUCAGGGUAUUCUGUACGUGCUUUUAUGUUGGGUGUGUCGCCUGAUUAAAAGCGAACGAUCGGGUGAGUCGCCUUCGCUUAGUGCAAGAAGACUUUGUAAAACGUGUAUAUUAAAUGAAUCUUUCUGUAAAAAAACGAGGCCUUAGGAAAGCUUAUAAAGUAAAAUAGUCUUGGAAAACGGUUUGCCAAAUACAUUUUUCUUUUGUUUGGGACUUACUAAGAUUGUAUUUCAACUAGACGCUUAGAAUUCGUAAUUGAACUUAUUCUUUGCGUGAUUCAAAACAAAGCUAAACAACGACCAAAGUUCCGUCUGUACGUGCUCUUCUGGGUGAGUUGCCUGAAAAAGCAAGCGAUCGGGUGUGUCGCCUUCGCUUAGUGCAAGGGAACUUUGUUGGUUAUGGCUCGUGAAAAAUAAUAGAGACCGUUCGUGCAAUGGUAUUUUAUUAAAAAAACAAGUAGGGGGGAACCGCGAUGGACGCAACCAAUCAACUAAAAUACAUUUCGAUUCACCCGUAAAAAAUUUAUAAAAGAUAGAUCUAGAAAUAGAAAUUUCGGGGAAGCGGAAUUUAAAGCGGGAGUAUUCCCUUUUUUGAGAAAAGGCCGGUGAAGUCUCCUAUUUAAAUUCUGCUCCCCAGAGAAAGCUACUGUAAAAACUAAUUUGAAUUUAUAGUUAAUGUAAAUUCUAUCAAAUUUAAAUCUCGAUAAAUCGCUGCACUUUGUUCAUCUUCGGUAAAUGAAUGCAUAUUGAUUCUGAGGUAUCCCCUGUCUGAUAAUUUGUGCAAAACUCCUCUACACCGCCACAAGUUUUCCAACUGAUGCACUGUUUUGCAGCGAUUUUCAUUCUAUCAGGUUCUUUUUUUUAGUUGUGUUCGUCUCAUCAGCUUUUUAGUAGUGUCUGCUAAAAUGAGCGGUUGAAAGAUAUGUCGGAUAAAGCUUCACAGGAGGCCACGAAAGGAGAUUCGCAUUUCAGCUCAAGUAUGUUUUCAAGCUGUCAACGGUCUAUGCUUGGCUGAAUUCAAACAAUGGCCUUCUGGUCAGAUGGGGGACAAAAUUUCCCCCAUAUUUCGGUCGCUAAGGCUUGCGGCUCGCUAUGUCAUGAUAACCGUCACGAAUAUAGAGACAUUCCAUGACCACUUUGCCCACUAUGAUAAAGUUACAGUAGCUGGUGUAGUUACUGUAGAUGGUGUAGUUAGUGUAGUUGGUGUAGUAUAUGUAGUUGCUGUAGUUACUGUAGUUUGUGUAGUUGCUGUAGGUAGGUGUGGUAUAUGUAGUUGCUGUAGUUGGUGUGGUUACUGUAGUUAGUGUAGUUGGUGUAGUAUAUGUAGUUGAUGUAGUUAGUGUAGUUAGUGUAGUUGGUGUAGUAAAUGUAGUUGGUGUAGUUGGUGUAGUUGCCGUAGUUAGUGUAGUUGGUUUAGUUGGUGUAGUUAGUGUAGUUGGUGGAGUAUAUGUAGUUGGUGUAGUUGCUGUAGUUGGUGUAGUUAGUGUCGUUGGUGGAGUAUAUGUAGUUGGUGCAGUUGCUGUAGUUGCUGUAGUUUGUGUAGUUGCUGUAGUUGGUGUGGUUGGUGUAGUUAGUGUAGUUGGUGUAGUAGAUGUAGUUGGUGUGGUUGCUGUAGCUAGUGUAGUUGGUGUAGUAUGUGUAGUUGGGGUAGUUUGUGUAGUUUGUGUAGUUGGUGUAGUUUGUGUAGUUACUGUAGGUAGUGUACUUGGUGUAGUUAUUGUAGUUACAGUAGUUACUGCAUGCAAUGUGUAGUUGGUGUAGUUAGUGUAGUGUGUGUAGUUGCCGUAGUUAGUGUAGUUGCUGUAGUCGGUGUAGUAUCUGUAGUCAGUGUAGUUGCUGUAGUUAGAUAAUAGACAGAUAAUAAUUACGUAAAUCCUAACUUACGUGAACACCCAAAAAACUGUUGUGUGUGCCAUCGGCGCUUUCUCUGUUUAAUAUAUAUAUUUUUUAUGUUGAGGGUGUUGUUGUGGUUGUUUGUUUAAUGAAAUAAUGUUGCUUUGUUAAUUCGGUUAUUUUGAAAUAUUAUCAUGAUAAGUGAUUUCCCUUGUUAUAAAGCUUUCAACGGGUAAAGAUAUUUUUAGAUUUCUUUUGCCUUAUGUUGGGUAGAUGAUCGCAGUAAUAAACACCUCAUCGUAUAUUACCGUUAAGUUUCGGAAAGUAGCGAGCCUCUCAAAGAAGCAAGCUUCAGAAAGUUGUGUUUGAUUUCACAGGUGUUAGCAAAUCACCAUUAUUAAUUUCCUACAGCAACUACAGUAAGUACACCAAACUACACCAAACCACAUCAACGUACACCAACUACACCAAAUUACACCAAACUACACCUGCAACUACACCAAACUACACCAACUACACCAAACUACACCAAACUACACCAAACUACACCAACUACACACCACUACACCAAACUACACCAACUACACAAAACUACACCAAACUACACCAACUACACCAACAACACAAAACUACACUAAACUACACCAAACUACACCUGCUACAGCUACAACAUCAAGUACAGCAAUUACAGCUACUACACCAACUAAAGCUAUAAGCUACUACACCAACUACACCAACUAAAACUGCUACAGCAGCUACAGUAACUACAUCAUCUACAGUAACUACACCAACUACACUAACUACAGCUACUACACCAACUACAGAAACUACACUAACUACACCAACUACAGCUACUACAGCAACUACAGCUACUACACCAACUGAAGCUACUACAGCAACUACAGCAACUACACAUACUACAUAUACUACAACUACUACACCAACUCCAUCAACCACAACUACUACACCAGCUACGGUAACUACACCAUCUACAGCAACUACAGCAACUAUACCAACUACAGCUACUACACCAACUACAGCAACUACACUAAGUACACCAACAACACCAACUAAGGCAACUACAUCAACUACACAACUACACCAGCUACAGAAACUACGCUAAGUACACCAACUACAGCAACUACACUAACUACACGAACUACAGCAACUACGUAUAUACGCUAACUACACUAGCUACACAUACCACACCAACUACGGCAGCUACACCAAGUACGGCUACUACAACAACUACAGCAACCACAUUAACUACACCAACUACACUAACUACACCAACUACACUAACUACACCAACUACAGCAGCUACACUUACUACACCAACUACUCUAACUACACCAACUACAGCUACUACACCAUCUAUAGCGACUACUUUAACUACACCAACUACACUUACUACAGCAACUACAGCAACUACACUAACUACACCGAGUACAUGUACAGCUACUACACCAACUAUAGCAACUACACUAACUACACCAGCUUCACAUACUACACCAACUACAGCAACUACGGCUGCUACACCAACUGCGGCUACUACGCCAACUACAGCAACUACGCUAACUUAAUCUUGGAGCCAUGUCUGGCAGCUGAAAUUUAACACAGAUAAAUGCGAAGCGAUGCGCAUUUCUAAAAAAAAUGAUUACUCAAGUCCUCAAUACCAUCUAUGUGGUAACCAAUUAAAAGCUGUAUCUGAAGUUAAGGAUCUCGGAAUCUAUAUUACUUCGAACCUGUCAUGGAGUAUGCAAGCUAACAAAUGCGCAAAUAAGGCAAAUAGUGUGCUUGGAUUCAUUAGGCGAACGGUGGGUCCUAAAAAUCCUCAGUUGUUUUCAAAACUUUAUAAGAGUCUAGUACGUCCGAUACUCGAGUACUGCUCUCCAGUUUGGUGUCCGCACCUUAAAAAAGACUUAAACACCUUGGAGAAAGUACAACGUAGAGCAUCUAAAUGCGCCCUUGGAAAUAUUGGGCAAGACAUGCCUUACGAAGAACGCCUAAAGCUCCUUAAAUGGCCAUCACUUGAACAAAGAAGAUUAUUUUCGUCGCUUAUCGAGUGUUAUAAGACAAUAAAUAGACUUAAUGGACUUGAUCCCUCGGCAUUUUUCACAUUUGCACAUGAUUUUCGGCCCUUAAGAGCCAACCAUCGUUUUAAACUUAAGCUUACAUCAGCAACUUUAAAUAGUUUUAAACAUUCUUUUUUUAUACGAAUAAUAGAUAAGUGGAACAAUCUUCCAAAGGAAGUUGCUGAGGCGGAGAAUUUGAAUAUUUUCAAGAACAGACUGAGACGUUAUCUUACAGAUUUUCCUAGUGAACACUAAGUUCUUUUACUGUGUGAUGUUUUAUAUACAUAUAUAGUUACUAUUUUAAAUAGUUGUAAAUAAUUUAUUUCUUAAUGUAUUUUAUUAUCAGGAGAUAAACUAGAAAGGGAUAACCUCUUUUAUCUCCUUUUCACUUUCCGAUUUGGAUUUGUGAAUAAACAGUUAUUAUUAUUAUUAUUAUUAUUAUUAUUAUUAUUAUUAUUAUUAUUAUUAUUAUUAUUAUUAUUAUUAUAACUACACCAGCUACAGCAACUACACUAACAACGCCAACUACACCAACUACAGCAACUACACUAAAUACAUUAACUACAGCAACUACACCAACUACACAUACUACAUAUACUACAACUACUACACCAACUCCAUCAACCACAACUACUACACCAGCUACGGUAACUACACCAUCUACAGCAACUACAGCAACUAUACGAACUACAGCUGCUACGCCAACUACAGCAAUUACACUAACUACACCAACUACACCAGCUACAGAAACUACGCUAACUACGCCAACUACACAUACUACAGCAACUACAGCAACUACACCAACUACACUAACUAUAGCAACUACGCUAACUACACCAACUACACUAACUACCUCAACUACACCAACUACAUAAAUUACAGCACUGACUACGGCAACCGUAUUGGGCUAAGUGGUCAUGGAAUGUCUCUAUAUUCGUGACGGUUAUCAUGAACCCAUUACCCUAUGUCUAUGUCUAUUAGUCUACGCUCGUCCUUACUUUCUUCGGUUAUUGAAGAGUUGGAAAACUGAUGAAGACCUGCAGUACGCGGUCGAUCAAUAUGACAAAGAUCAUAACUCGUUUUCCUGAGAUUCCCUUGUUUCCCUUCUCUCUGAUGUGUGGCCCAUGAUUUGAUCCCAGUACACUGCCUCGCACCUUUUUGCUCGAACGCGCUCGUUUCAUAGCCCAAUUCUUUAGAUUCUUCACAUCCCGAUAACUAUAAAGAAUGUACAGAGCUAUAUUAUCUCAUUCAGGAGAGAAAAAACAACGGAAUGAGGACCUUCUCAUCAGUCUUAACAUAAACAGCCUGCAAAACAUAUUUGAUGAGCUAUAAGGCAUCGAUGAUCACCUGGAAUCGCACAUUAUUCUAUUUCUGAAACCAAAAUUGAUAAAUCACAUUCCAGUUACCUGGGUACCACAAAGUCAGACAUAGAAGAGGGUGCUUAUGGAGGUACCUACUUCUAAGUUAACUACUAUUUUUUUGGCCAAUUCUCAGUUAACUACUAAUUUUGGCUAGCUGUUAACUUUCACUUUCCUACAGGGAAUAUUAUUCCGUCAUAACCCGAAUUUCUCUUCCUUCAGCAAGUAAAUCACUUUUGGGGGUAGGCCCUACUAAAAUCAAGGUAUAAAUUUACAUGAACUCUGCCACUAGUGUUAUUUAUAGGUAACUGAAAAUAUAAGUCCUAUAAUCAUCAAUGUGACGCCGGCCUCAUAGAUCCAGACGUACCAGUCAUGAUCUGGUACUGAUCUUCCCGACAUGACCUUGCAUGUCCUGCCAUGAACUACUUCAAAGUCUCCUUCUUCGGCACUUUCAUUAUCUGAUCGGAAUCAGUCUUGUACUUAUCUGGUUGCUGUAUGUCCUGUAUCUUGUUGUUGGCCUAAGUUUCAAUCCAUUUUUAAUCCUUGCAAUCCAUUGCAACAGACGACGAGAAAUAUUAUCAGUGCCAAAAUAUAGUCUUAAAUACCAAACUGGACCAUUAUUUUUAGAAUUCAAUUGAUGAAUUCAACCACUUUUUGCACCGAUGGGAGAGACAUGGAGUGCUGACAAAGUAAUGAAAGUAUUUGACACGGGACAAUUCGACUUUUCGUGAGUGUAGCCCACUUCGAACUCAAGGUUCUUUUAAGCGAUUCCUUUACCGUGGUUCCAAAGUCUUGAGCGUACGUAGUUCAAAGCACUAAAUGUUUUGUGUUGAAGUGAGAAACCGCGUGUAGGUUUUCCACCUGCGUUGUCAGCAGUUUUUUGUACCUCGAUACAAAUUUUGUCGACAUCCUCUUUCUCGUCCCUCAAUGUUACAUUUUUCGCAGACGUAACUUUUUCGCGCAUUUUAAAACCCUGAUAAAAAUAUCCAAGGGUUUCAAAAAAUAAAACUGACGAAACUGUUUCAGAAAGACCGGUUUAAACACGAACUUUCUUUCUAUUAAAAAUCUCAAUAGUUAGAACUCCAACAUCAGUUACAAAAAUGAUUUCUCGUAAGUACAAAUUCCAUGUACUUAAAAGAAAGAUCGCUGAUUUCUUUGAGCACUCAGAAAUUCUUUUUGGCCAGAUCAAAUGCUAAGAGUCACAGCUUUUUUAUUUAGGUAGUAAUGUUCAACUUGGCGAUCUUUUGGGUCCGAAAAACAGUAUUUUCCUUUUCCGAACAGAGAAAUCUUGUUAACAUUAGAAGACGAAUUAUUCGUUGAGUUGUCUACAACCACCUCUUUGACGGACGCUUUUUUAUGUCAGAAAAUAGCAUUUCUGUUUGCAAAACUUUGUUGCUUUCAUUAACAUUAAUAUAAUAUCACUUAACUGUUAACUUUUCAUUUAUCAGUUAACUACUAAUUUUUUGGCCAAUUAUCAGUUAACUACUGUUUUUUUGGCCAAAUAUCAGCUAACUGUUAACCCCAUUCGCACCCUCAUAGAACAUAUAGUGUAAGUUAUAUUUUUAGCUAUUCAACCUAUUGCUUAUUUGACCGUGAUAAACAAAUGCAAACAAUAUAAUGAUACUUGUUUCACCAAGAAAACCGCCUGAAUGUAACAUAAGCUUCUUCCUUAAGACUGCGUUCGGGUCUGUUGACAUGUGAAAGCGGAAUGCUGCAUAGGCACCAAGGCGAUUUAAUGUACCUGGCCAAUUCAAUCACGCCAUUUUUGUUGAGGGUUAUCUAAUACUCACAAAUAGACUCCAUUGGUGUUAGUGGUGAUAAGAAGGGUGCCCUUUGGUACCAAUGGCAGGAUUGGUACCAAUAGAAAAGGAUGUCAUUCCAAUGGUUCUAUUAGUAAUAUGCAUCUCAUUAACGGGACUUUUCUCAUGUGGCCUGGCUGGGUACAGGGCUAUUAUGAUGGUCCGUGGGUACCAAUGGUUCGAUUGGUCUAUUGGUGAAUAUGCAUCGCAUUAAGGGGACUUAGAUUAUUUUCCAUGUAGCCUGGCUGGGUAAGUAAAAGCGAACUUGCUUUCAAAGAUGGCUUAUACAACGAAGAAUUCUUUUGACAUGUUUGUAUUUCGACUUCGCCGCUGUAAGCAAUUACUGUUAGCGCUAGUUCAACCUCGCUUUGUAACUAUUAGGGUGUUUCUACUUUGUGAGAGCGAAAUUGUUUUGCGUGGUUGGCUUAUAGAACGAGGAAUCUUCAUAAUUUCAAGGCCUACUCUGGGACCUAAAGUCGCCUAAAGUCGCCCAAAGUCACCUUAAGUCGCCUAAAAUCGCCUUAAGUCGCCUAAAAUCGCCUUAAGUCGCCUAAAGUCGCCUAAAGUCGCCUUUAGUUUCCUUAAGUCACUAAAUCAUUCAAAUCUUAACGAGGUUCAAAUUGUCUUGUAGUUAUUACUUUUUUAGUUUUCUAUUUCCAGAAUGCAUGAUUUCUCAUAAAGUGUAUAAUAACCCGUGUUCAAUAAUAUUAGCCACAGACCCACCCCACCCCCCACAAAAAAACUCCCACGGUGACUUAAGACCCAUUAAUUUCUUCUCCAGCCCUCUAAUUUAUACAUUUAAUUACUUUACACAAUUUACUACACGUAAUAAUUAGUCGUAAGCAAUACAAGAAUAAUCAUUCCUGUAUUGUUUAUGCAAAAAUGACAACAUAUAGUACACAACUUUAUCCAGUCACUUGUACAGGUAUUUUAUUAAUUUCAUCCGGGAGGUUUGUCUCAUAUUUCUCAGUAAAAAUAUUGUUUAAAAAGGCAUUCAAAGGUUCAAGUUCUAGCUAAACUACAUUAAACAGUGUGCAAAGAGAGUAGACAGAGUAGUGUCCAGGCAAUAGCCCUGGGGUACUGGAUUUUAUGAUUGGGCUAGUGAACUGCGUUUUUAACUUGCCUGGCUGGCAAGUAAAGUUUUUUAGGGAAUUCAGAUUACAGAAGAACUGUAAUCAGUCCCAUUCAUAAAAAAAAUUGGGGUUAGUCAAAAUGGCUUUCAGGCUAGUGUAUGCUAGGCAAGCUGUAAAGCCGACUUUCUUUGCACCCUGAACAAAAUAUAGUUAAAACUCUUUUCUACUGCUUUGUGAGAGUCCAACAUUGAAAGACAUUUCAAGUAACUAAGAUCAAUACAGGUAGGUUGAAGGGAGAGAAAAAAACAAUUAUUGCCGCCACAACAUUAAUCUAAAUUUUCUGGUAGUUAAUACAAGUCUAAAGGUCAAUCGAAAAAAGUGUCCAUGUAAAUUACCGACCCAGAUUUUAAGAGCAACUAAUGAUAAGUUUUUUCUCCGGCACACAACCUCUGAUCUGUAUUUACCGUCGAAUUAUAUCCAUCUAUCAUUGACAGAAACACAAUCACUCUUAUAAACUUGAACACUUAGCUUAGCUUGUACAGUCGUCUCUUUAGGUCUUCCCUUCCAGACAGAAAUUCAAGCUUUGUACAUCGAAGGUGCGUAAUACUGCUCUUUGUUUAUGUUGUCGUGAUUGCUCCCUGCCAAACGAUUUGAUGUAAUCGAUCAUUAUUGAUGAAGAACGUAGAAAAGCGAAAUAAUACUGUUCUUUCCUCUACGUUAUGGCCGCCCAGAAAGUAGUGUGUUUUGAUCACGUGACUAACUGGUCUGGAGGCGGGGAGAGGGCGGGACCGAGAAACCAUGGAAAUUAGCUUGCGACUGCAGUGGAAUUCUGGGAGAAGCAAAAUGGCGGAUAGAAUGUUGUACCUCGCGUUUUCGUAUAAAGAUCUCCUUUUAAAUGGAAAUUUCUGACAUAAUAAUGGAAACGUUUACACUUGGUACUGCCAUCGGUUUAAACAUGACGCAUAAUGCUUCCUUUUGUGCUGAGAGCGUAAACGCUGCCGCGUGGAACAGACCGAGAGAGGUUGGUUGAAGCUAAGCUUAGUUGUUUACGUUUCUGCUGGUGCAUAAAUGCACUCAUGAAAUCAACCCGACUGGAAAGUUUCCAGAGAGACCAUGGAUAAGAGAGUACGGUUCACUAGCGAAGCAAGUAUUUGGAAGUGUUUUGUUUGACUGAGACAGGAAAGGAGCAAUAUAUAUACGGCGAGAACUACAAACUUUUUGUUUUGAAUUCAAUUGGAAAAACAUCCUCUUAGCCAAACGUGUGGGGACAAACAUUGGCAGAGCAACUGCCAAGACAUACAAUGGGGAUCGUCAUUUCCAUAAUGUGCGAUAUCGAUAAGUGAUUUUAGAUGUUUUAAAUUAAUUACUUAAAUGUUUGUUGUCAAAUUAUGAAAAAAAAGACAUUUCAAUAUAAAGUUUUUGCUGCAAACCAGCUCACAGUAUUUUACAGAGAUGUAUUGAAAUACUCUACUUUUAGGGUUUUAUUUUUUGGAAAAAGAAAUGCAGGAACCAUUGAUUUUUUGUCCCUUAUAUUAUGAAAUAAUGCAUUUAAAGACCAAGAGAAAAUUUACCCUUUUGGUUGCUUCUAACUCAGAUUUUGUCUCUGCUAAUGUAAUACUAAACCAACACCCUUGAUAUUAGCCUGUGCCACAGAUAGAACUAAACUCUGGGUUAAGUCCAUCUGCAAAACAGUGGCAAAAUCCUAGUUCUGGGCCCCCUGUGUGUGUAUCAGGAUUAGAGAACAUGCCAGGACUGGACUGUUAAAAAUGCCAUUGUCCAUUUGCCAAUCAUGUUGAAGGGGAACUCAAAAUGCUGGUAAUUCAUUUAGUGCAUCAGGGCCCAGAACAAGGAUAUUAGAGCUGCUUCGCAAAUGUUACUAACCACGGUUAGAAUACACCUGCAACACAAGCUACCUUGAUAUUUAAUGUUCAAAAUAUUAGGUAGCUGAGAUUGUUGAAAAUUUGGAAGACUAAUGUAGAUGUCUUCAAGACUGAAUUAACUUAUGCUACAACAUUGUGUCCCUAGAGAGGUAGUGUUAUCAGAUUUUGAUUUUGUAUAUGUUGUAGUUCAUUUUUAUUUCAGUUAAUUUUUAUUUUUCCAUCGUUACUGGGUAUGGUUAUGUAUGCUAAUGAAUUUAAAACAAAGGAAAACCAAAAAUUAACUGAAAUUAAAAAUUAACUGCAACAUAUUCACUAACAUGAAACUCACCUAAAUGUCACCUUUUUCUCCUUAAGUCACCUAAAGUCGCCUUAAAUCGCCUAAAGUCGCCUUAAAUCGCCUUAAGUCGCGCAACAUUUUGGCCAAAUUUUCCUAAAGUCGCCUUAAAUCACCUUAAGUCGCCUAAAAUUACGGCGACUUAAGGUCCCAGAGUAGGCCUUUCACAUGGGAAAAUAAUCUAAGUCCCCUUAAUGAGAUGCAUAUCCACCAACAGAACCAUUGGAAUGACAUUAUUUUCUGUUGGUACCAAUCGUACCAUUGUGAAAGGUUUGAACCCAGGAGUCAUUUCAAAACGUUGAGUUUGAUCGUCCGGGUGAAUGUAGUCCUGAAUAGGACUGUUGUUGUUGACAGACGUUUCGACAACCUGUGCGGUAGUCAUCUUCAGCGUCAAAGUGAGUUGUAUCAUGUCAGUUGAUGGUAUUAUACUCUGGUUAUUGAUCUGAUUGGUCAAUUAUGUCGCGAUGUUAUUGGUCGUCUGUCAGUUAAGCCGUGAUGUUAUUGGCUAUGAAGACUCGUAAUCAGUGAUUGGUGCGUUUCGAUCCGUCUAUUGUCACAGUUAAACAGUCGUCUAUUGUUAGUCAAGUUGUCAGUUCUCCAGUUGUUUUCUCGUAGUUAGUUUUGCUUGAUCUCGUCAAUAAGUCGUUUGUACGGUGCUGUAACUGUUGGCUAAAUUGACUGGGACUCUGCGACAUGUAACGUAUUCUACAGACAACUAUCAACGUCUUACUUUAGAAAGCUGGUUUACUAACUUAGAACAAACACCACUGAAUCGUAGCCAACAGUUACCCGCGCCGUACAAACGACUUAUUGACGAGAUCAAGCAAAACUAACUACAAGAGAGCAACUGGAGAACUGACAAUUUGACAAUUAUUUUAUUAUCGUUUCUAUGGUUUCAUCUUUCCAGGUGUCAAUGGUGACAUCUUCCGGAAUCAAGACAACAAUGCAUGGUACAAAGCUGGCGUAAAGCUUGUCGAGGACAACCUUAAAUUAAAAGCAAACAACAACACCGCCAAGAGCGCUAUUUUGUUCCUUGGUGAUGGAAUGGGUAUCACUACAAUCACCGCGACACGAUUCCUGGACGGACAACAAAAGGGACGCACGGGAGAGGAGAAUGUUCUGAGCUGGGAAGUGUUUCCGUGGUCAGCUCUCGCUAAAACGUACUCAGUUGAUGAACAAGGAACAGAUUCCGCGAGCACCGCGACGGCAUUCCUGAGCGGAAUAAAAACCGAUAGCGGUAAGUUUAAACCUUAACCGGGCUCUCAAUUGUUAUAUUGGCGCCCAAAUAUAUGGUCUUUCAGACGCAAGAUUUUUUUGCUUGCUUGGUGUUGCGGAAUUUAAAAAUAUAUUUGUGUAUUUUGCAUCUAAUCAUUUUAUGACAGCACAGUCCAAAACGCCUGGGAACAAAGUCCACGCAGCAAUGCGAAUCUCUCGCCGAGUGCGGAAUAUUGCAAUGUAUAGCUACCUCGAUAUACUGGUAUUUGUAAGUGAAAAGCUCCCUUAUAUUAUAAUAUUAAGGAAUCAAAAUCUGCCAGAGGCCUUAUUCCUUGCAAAGGCCGAAGGCCUUCGUGUAGCGAGUUUAUAAUAGCACGUAACUCCCACGAGGAUAGUUAAGAAAAGUGAGAUCUUGCUUUGACCGUGUAUAACGUUCAUUUUGUCCUUACCGCUGCUUUUCUUCCUAUUUUGCCUUAUACUUUCUCAGGCGUUAUCGGUGUAAGUUCAAGUGUUACACGAUUUCAGUGCUCUUCGGUAACUGAACAGAGCAAAGCCGCCUCCAUUCUCACGCUUGCUGAGAAGGCUGGAAUGUCAACGGGAAUCGUUACCACCGCACGAAUUACACACGCAACUCCCGCGUGUGCGUAUGCUCACUCAGCAAACCGCAAUUGGGAAAGUGACGGUGAUAUAAGCAAGACUGUAACGGAUGAUGGGUCCAAGUGCAAGGACAUAGGUAUUGUUUAAUAAAGUUGUAUUUUACUGUAAUCACGUUUGUUUUCACUCGUUAAAUAACAAACAUAUAAUUAUACAUGUAUAUGAGUUAUGCUAUUCCACUGCUGUUUGCUCUAAGAAGUUUUUGUAGAUCUCUAGAAAUCAAGGCGUGAAGAAUUAAAGCAAAAAACUGCGCGCAUGAGUUUUUACUUCAUUGUUUAGCCACAGGGCGCCCACACAAUCUGUGUCUGUGUGACCGAUUUUUUAUAUUUUAUAGUAAAUGUACUGGAUUAACCGUUUGCUUCACCUAUAGCGGUACAUCGCGAAUUACGUAUAUAAAUCAAUGUUAAAUAAACGUUGAAUUACCUUGCCUUCGGUAUAUUGUGGUCAUUUUUGCCAGGACCAGGGCUUACAAUAGGAAGUUUAACAAUUCAAACCCGAAUCGUCUGCCCAGUGUAGUACGUUUGGUUAUCGAGAGUAAAGCAAACAACAAAUCAAUUAGGGCACACACAAAAAAAUGAUUUUGCUGGUGCAAUUUCAAAUAACUCAUAGUCUGUAUUGUCCCGCAGUACGUUUACUGUUUGAGAUUUACUUGGUAUGCCAAUUAAUAAUGCAUUCAUAUCUUAUGAUGUGGUAUUUAUUAUUUUGUAUCUACUCACGGCAUUUCACUUACAGUUUUUGACCUCUCCUAUUUUAUAUUACUAUUUUUAUAUUUUUAUUUACAGCCUUGCAACUUCUGGAGUUUCCCUACGGAAAUGGCAUGGAAGUUGUAUUUGGUGGAGGCCGCAGGGAACUCAUGCAUAAGAAUCAGACAGAUCCUGAAUACCCUGAUAAAAAGGGAGACAGACUGGACGGCAGAGACCUGAUUUCAGAGUGGGUCAAUAAAUUCCAGAACUCGAAAUACGUCUGGAACAAAAACGAGUUUGAUCAAAUUGAUGUGGACAAAGUUGAUCAUGUGAUUGGUAUGAAAUUUUUUAUAUAUACCUGGAGUUUUGAAAACCGGGUUAACAAAAAAAUUCAACUCAUUCUACUACUUGGCAAUUUUAAAACAACAAAAAAUCAUUCAAAGACCGAUUAAAAGCCUUUAUCUGUCGCCGGGCAGUAAGUUAGCUGUCCCUUGAAACAUGCAUUUCAACGAGACCAAAUUUAAAAUGACGCAAAUUUUAGAACAUUUAUUCAGUAGUCUGACUCCGUGAGGUUUCAAACCGGUAUCAUUUCAGUCUAGAAAUUUUUAAGUUAAGUGUGCUGGAGCCAAAAAGUGCCUGGUUAAGGCUUAUAUAACAACUUAAAUAGUCAUCAAAACACUACUUUUUUCGCGGUCCGAUAAACGACAGGAUUUUGCAUGAAAUAGAGAACAAACUGAUCGAAACAUAAUACACAAAUUAUCACUUUCUUAUCUGCAAAAACCGGCGUAUGGUUCAAAGCCAAGAGCCCGCUGAAACUAGACCUAGAUCCAAUUUUCCUGAGUCGGAAAUUGGUUUUCCAAGGCACAAUCAGGUAAGCUAAACAUCGACGAAACGUUUUUAUGGCUGGCACAGAAUAUUUUGGUGCAACAACUCAACCACACGCGACCACAUAUAAUGCUCUCCGCGAAACUUUACUGAAGGUGACCAAUAACGAAAUGUAAACCAAUAAACGGCACCGAAACCAGCUUUAGGCGCGCACUGAAUUCAAAUAACUGUCACCUGUGUUAAAGAGAGAAUUGUGGGUAAGGAUGAAAAAAAAAACAAAGAGGAGGGAGGAGGGGGGGGGGGUUAGAAAGAAAUUCUGUCUACAGCCACUUCUUUUAAAAUCGCUAACCACCCCCCCCCCCACAAAAAGAAACACACACACACACACAUAAGCAAACAACACAGAAAUUUGAGCCUUGAUCACUGCACCACGCGCACCCCACGUCACAACUAGAUGACGUCAGCUGCGGACACCUAAGAGAUCUAUGGAAAUAUUCGCCACUCGUGUUUCUGCCUCGCUGUGCGAUCAACGCUCGAGGCGCACGACAAAUUUAUAAGCCUCGUGAGGCGAGGCGCUUAACUCUGAAUAGAAAAAAGGGUAAAAUAAAGAAACUAACGAACUGAGUUAAUCCUUUCAUGGGCCAACUGGGUGGAAGGAUAAGCACAAUCAUUGAAGCGACGUUUAACAUAAUCGCCUUUUGAUAGUAAUGUCUUCUGUGCUUUUCAUAUGUGAGUUAACUCUCAACGGGACUGAGUGGAGACAGACGAGUGAUUAACAAAUUAAAUUAGACGACCGCGUAGCGGGAGUCUGAUUCGUUUAAUCAAGAGUAUGAUUACAGACCGAAUUGGACGACACGAAGUUCUGUUAUCAAUUUAUCAUAACUUUAACACAAUUUUUGAUAUAUAUAUAUAUAUAAGGCUCUUUUUUAAAUAAACAAAAUUACAGGAUUUUCCUUUGCUAACAGUGAAAAAAAAAAGCCAUUUAAGCGCGCGCGUGAUGGCGCGCACUGUCCAAUUACUUAGGCAUGACGCGUACUGUCCUUUAUUAAACUGUCCUAUUAAGGCUGAAAUCAGGGCAGUUGAUAGCCAAUCAGAUUUGAGAAUUUUGUUAUAGUUGUGAUCACAUGAAUUAAAUUUGCAAAACAAUGGAAAGAUUCCCUGUAUCAAAAUCAGGUGGUGUGCGCACUACAAUUGCGAUGCAUUGUGGAUGCAGAAUUUCCAAGAUGGUGGUGUAGGUCAAGAAGUUCGUAGGUUAUAUGCUGAAUCAAAAUAAGGUUACUUUUAAGGAUAGGAAAAAUUCUAAGUGCAGAUAAGAAAGUCGGUUUGCGAAGGCUUCUACUUACUACCUUGUUUCAUUGUUUUCAAGGCCUAUUUGAACCCUCUCACAUGAACUACGAAGUUGAGCGAGCUUCUGACAAGGCCGGUGAACCGUCCAUUGCAGAAAUGACCGAGAAAGCCAUUAAAAUACUACAGAAGAACCCCAAAGGUUUCUUCCUGUUAGUUGAAGGUUAGUUGACAAGUCAAGAGAUAUCUGGCUAGAAUAUUAGUGAGCCUUAUUUUUUUCUAUGCCUUUUAUAGAAUCUUUUUUCAGGGAGAGAAAGUAUUUUACAUUGCUGUACAGGAUUUUUAGUAUCGCUAGUAGCCUAAAUGAGCUAUAUAUUUGAGUGAAAUUCCACUACAAAAUUUGUUUCUUGUGUUCUGUUUUAAGGGGGCCGCAUUGAUCACGGACAUCACGCUGGCAGAGCUGUUAAAGCUCUUAAUGACGCAAUUGCGAUGGAUAAAGCGGUUGCUAGGACCUUGGAAAUAGUAAACAAAGGUAAACUAUUCUCAUUAUGAUAAGCGUUCUUGAUUAAAUAUAAUGCAUCUGAAUUUUGGUUUUCGUAUGAGUAAUACCCAUAUGUGUGGAAUACAUGCAGUGCUUUAGAAUUCAACCAGAGUUGGAACAGAGCAAAUUCACUAUUUCUGUAAAGUUUUCCUAACCCCUAGCAGCUCCGUGGGCCACUGUUCCAAUUCAGUGGUGACGUAUCAUUCCUUUAGACUGAGCAGACAAUCACGAACGGCCUCUUACACCUCCGAUUUGCUUUCCAUACUUCGAAUCUUUAAGCCCCUUACUCAAACGUACCUAUGCAGACUGACGGCCUGGUCACAUUGAGGGAGGAAGAUCCUACAGCUGUAUGAGAACGAACAGCUUUUCGUCGGGUUUACAUGUAGAAAUUUCGGUACGUGUUGUUGCCAAGAAGAGAAGUUAUUGAAGACAAUAACAAACAUGCAAUCCUGGCCCUUCUGCUCUCCUUACCUGGGUGAACAACAACUUUUCAGCGGCAGAUGACAGUCCAUUACAGCUUGUAACUCCAAACGAAAAUGUCGGCCUAGUAUAUUGCCGUGAUUUACCCACUGAACGACCCGCCGCCAUCAUUGUCUAAUUUGUCCCAAGUACUAGGAUCUUCCUGGCAAAGGAGUUUAUAGUGCAGGUAUCUUCCUCUUGCUAGGAUCUCUCAGCUCGGAAGAUCCUAGCGCUAGGGACAAGUACAAACCUUUGCAUGUAAACUGAACAUCGCGCACACUUAGAUAAAGCGAGAACGUUUUGUAUCACGGGCUAUUCCGAGAGUUAUUAAACAAUCCUCACAUGAAUGGCUGUUUAUAAUGCCGUCUAUCCCUUUGAUGCCGGAAUUUAGGAGGUUUUUACUCUUUCAGGGCAUGGUGUCAUUUAACUCCAGUUCCAUCAAUCUCAGAAUUUGUUCACUACUGUUAAAAUGCACAUUUGCUAAUCAUAUUGGCUAUUACCUGGAUUUUUUAGACGAAACACUGAUAACAGUAACAGCCGACCACUCUCACGUCUUUACCAUCGGAGGAUAUCCUAAACGUGGGAACCCUGUGUUUGGCAUAAUACAAGAGGUAGACAAUGCCUUAGCUGUUGACAAAGACAACAGAACAUACACCACCCUUGGGUAUGCAAACGGACCAGGUGGACUGAACGGACCUCGUCAAGACCUGCGCAAUGUAAACACCUCUCACAAGGAAUUUCUUCAGCAGGCUACAGUUCUUACCGGAAGCGAGACUCAUGGAUCAGAAGAUGUUGGUGAGAAUUGGCCCAAACUUAGAACUAAGCUUAGAGCAGUAUCUUUAUUAACAUAUUAGCGGCAGCAUUGCUUAUUGUAGUCUCGUGCUAAAACUCGCUAUUGUAUGGAUAUUGAUGAUUUUUCUGAAGCAGUCAAGCGACUAUAAUGGAUCAGAGAGUGAAUCUUAGGGCUUUGGCCGAGAUAUGUGAUUUUCACUGAUAAUAAGUAAUUUUCAGAGUCUGCAAUUUAACGGAAGUCUUAUUCCUGAGAAGUCCGCACAUAUCCUAAGGGCUAGACUGGGCGUUUCCCUCACUGUCCGAUUAUUCUCUGCUCCAAUUAAAACUUAAUUAUUGUCUUCUUUUAAUUCUACUUCUACAAGGUUACUUUGCCUGCCAAGAUAAAUCGGGAGAGGACCUCUCACAGGCCAGCCCGGCGUCCAAAAAGUAGGGGGCUUGGCGUCUUGGUCGGUACAGCUGGAUAGCCCAGGGACUGCUCUAACAGUGGGUGGGUGGAUCAGGCCUUGGGGUCAAAACUAGUGGGGUAGGGAGGGGGCUGUUUUGACACAACCCCUUCAGUAAUCAGCAGUGUUUAGUGGAGGCUUUGACUGGCGAGUACCUUGGUCUUAAUUUGCCCUAGCCAGCUGAAUCAGGCCUCUGCCGAGAAUGAUUAUCAUGAUAAUUACAAAGCUCAGUGGGAGGUGCAGACAGUCACCCAUUGUCCUGGAUGAGGAGGGUCAAAGUCUUGGUACCAAGGACACGCUUAGCAUAGGACCUUUAGACACUCAGUGAAGCCAUGUUUUCAUAAAUCCAGUCAGAUAUAUGUUGUGAGAUUGGGUCGCAAGAGGGUGAUUACCAUCAUUUUGUUUUUUUCUCCUUUUUCGCAGGCGUAUUCGCGGACGGUCCUGGGGCUUACCUAUUCCAUGGUGUAGUGGAACAGCAGUACGUAUUUCACGUGAUGGAUUACGCCUUGUGUCUCAGUGAGAGCAAGCAGAAAUCAUGUGAAAAACACGUGAACAGAGGAGGGAAGCCUACGAGCAAAAGUGGAGCGUUGUCUUUGUCUGUCCACUCGCUCUAUUCUUUACUCCCGAUUGCGAUCUCUUAUGCUGUUCUUGUAGCGCUUGAGGCAUAAUUAGUCAACAUAUUGGCAUCCUUUUACAGGAAAAUG